AUGGACGAAGAGGUGCAAGCUGAUCUCCCAGAACUAAUAACUGAGGAAACUGAAUUAAAAAUAAGACCGUUGGAACGCAUUAAACUUCAUCCCAAAGUUCCAAUUGAACCCUCAGCCUACGGAAAGGGUAAAAAUUUCAGCCGCCCAUGGAUUCUUCAAGAUGGGCGAGAAGUUCCUGGAAAAGGCAGUGAAAUGCGUGACUGCUAUAGAAUUCCAAAGAAACCUUACGAAUCCGAUGGUAUUCGAAAACGUAUGCUGACCGAUUUCUUCUGGGAACAGAUGUUGGAUGAAGUGAUUGACGAACUGGCAACAUCGCAACCAAUAACCGAAUAUUGUUCGGAAUACGAUGCAAACUUUAUAAAAGAUCAAUUUGAACCACGCAAUCUCGAAGUUACAGCUGACAAAAAUAUGCAUUUAAAAUAUCCCCUUUACGGAACCGGCUCUAGUGCAAUAACGUAUUAUAGCGAAAAUAUCAAAAAGACAGGGCCUGGUGAAAUAUUAGAAAAAUUCCGACGAUGUCAAUACUUUACCAAGCCCAUGGAGGAAAGAUUGGACGUCGGCUGGGUUUUGUGA